AUGGCGUCGAACGGGGAAGAUGCGGGUUCCCCUAAAUCUGCUCCUUCUGGGGACCAGGAAGAGAGAAAACCUGCGGCGGUGUCGUUUGGUUUUACCAAAACAGUUAGCAAAUUCAAACCGUCGACUGGCGACGCCGGGUUAAAGAAAGAUGACAGAGAUUAUCUGACCGGAAUUGACAGAAGAGAAUUGCAAAGUUCAAAACCAUCCGAGAAGCCCAAAGAGCUCAUCAUCCCUCUGAUCCAGAAGAACCGCUGGCACAGAGCGGACCGAGCGGUCCAGGGCGAGGCGAGUGGAGGCAAAACACAGAAACCAACCGAAGACAAUGACUCUGUGGAGUCCCAGGCUGUCAAGGAGCUCAUUGAAGACUCACGGAGGCAGCUUGAGCAGUGGCAAAACGGCCCCCAGUCAGAAAUGAACCCCAACCUCGCCAUCCCAUUGUUAAUGCAAAACAAGGUGCCUGACGGCUUUGAGGAUGGAGACCGUGUAAAGGUGGAUCUACGGCCUGAAUCUUCGACAGAGGCAGACUAUGAGAGCAUUCCUGUUGAGGCUUAUGGAAUCGCUAUGCUUAAAGGGAUGGGCUGGAAUAAAGAGGAAGGCAUUGGACGCACCUUUAAACAACACGUGACGCCAAUCGAACACCAGCUCCGUCCAAGGGGUUUGGGUCUCGGAGCUGAUCGUUCAGCGAUAAAGGACCUGGAGCCCUCCAGACACAAGCGCCCCCCCAAGCCAGGCGAUGAGAGAGAGAAAGAGGAGGAACUAGUGAUGGGUCCAGGCGGCUUUGUGCUGGUGGAGUCGGGGGCACAUAAAGAGCUGUAUGGCAAGAUUGAAGGCGUCGAUGCAGACAACGCUCGAAUCGUGGUGAAGCUGGCCAUCGGCGGCAGGUCUGCGACAAUCAGCCAGCAUGCUAUCAAACUGGUCGGACGCAAAGAAUACGACAAAAACUGCAAAGACCUCAGUCGCCUCGGUAAAGCCCACAAGGAGAAGGAGGAGCAACAGAGACGGGAGGAGAAGGAGAGGCAGAGUAAUGGUGAAGAGGCAAAACGCAAGUCUUCAGAGAGAGAGAGAGGAAAGGAUGAGAGGAAGAGGAAACACAGAGAAUCGAUUCAAGACAGAGAGAAGCCCCCGGUGAAAGAAGCCCGGCGACCACCGGCUCCUCCCUCCUGGCUCCAGAGGGACCUGAAAGUUCGCUUCAUAGACAAAGCUUUCAAAGGGGGAAGGUACUACAACUCAAAGAUGUGUGUGGAGGAUGUCCUGAGUCCGACUAUCUGUGUGUGUAGAACUGAGGAGGGAAGACUGUUGGACAAUGUGAAGCAGGACAUGCUGGAAACCAUUAUUCCUAAAAGUGAUAACGAUUCUAUAAUGGUUGUACUGGGCGAGCACAGAGGACAGGUCGGCCGUAUCCUCCAACGGGACAAGAACAAGUGUCGGGCGAUGGUCCAGCUCGAACGACAUGACGAGAAAGUGUUCCCUCUGGAUUACGACACCAUUUGUCAGUAUGUAGGAGCAGCAGACAACUGAUUCAAACGUCCCCCGCCCUUCAUCCCACGUGAAAUGUUGUUUUUGUGAUAUUCAAAAAUAAUGGAUUUUAAAGCAUCGCUAUUUUGUAAUAAAACGUUGUCAAGAAUUGUAUUUGUACAGAUAUUAUUACAAGAUCUGCCACCAACCCACGAAGAAAAGUUGCAACGAGUCUUUAUCACAGUAAUCUUUAAGUUUAUUAGCAAAUAAAGUCCACUAAUGGCCUUUAACAACAACACAGUCAAUCUUUAGGUCAUAUAAAAAAGUAUUUACAACAUUUCUACAUGUUUGACAAGAGAAUAAAAGCACCGGUGGUGUAGAAGCUCAGCGCUCAAUUUCUGACAUUUACACGUUUCAGAAUGAAAACUUAAGAGGUGUCAGUCUGUAACGGCAAAGGGAAGACAAACUGUACAACUGUGUCUUAGUUGUUUCCUGGGAGCCUGGCUUACUCCUUGGGUAUUUGGUUCGCUGCAUUAGCCCGAAGCACGGCCCCUGGACUGGGGUAGGGCCGCUGCUGGAACAGGGGCCCCGCCGCUGUGGUGUCUGCACCAGUCUUUGCUUCAUUGCGCUUGGGCAGGCCCGUUGACCACGUGCCCCUGUAAACAUAAUGGCAUUUGCUUUAAUAGUUUGUUUUUAUACACUCUGCAUUUAAAGGGGUAUUCUACCAAAUGUACACAUCAAAAUCUGUUUACUGGACAUGUUCAUUACUCAGACUGUGUCUUAUGUGGCCGUUCAAGGAAGAUCUAAUUAAAAGAUGGAUUAAAUUGCAUUGUGGGAAUUGAGUCCAAAGUUGUGGGAAUUGAAGAGUCCAAAGUUUUGGUGAUUGAAUAUUUAAAGAAAGGACCAAGAGCUUGUUCCAUCAUCAUGACUGUUAAUACUGUACCUCGGGGCAUCAGAAUAAGCACUUGGAUCCAUGGGGUCCAUCUCAUCCUCUUUUCUCCCUGUAAGGAAAAUAAAUAUGUAUCAUCCAUUCAUGUAAAA